UAGUUGAACGUCAAGUGUCAAACGUCAAAACUGUCACUGUUAAGCUUUAGGGUUAUAUUUUUCAAAUCAAAUAACUUUUUCAAAAAAAUAAUACAUACUAAACACCAGAUCACUUAAUAUUAAUUGAAGUAAUGGCGAACUCCGGAAAAGGCACCUACCGACCAGAUUCGGAUGUACAUAUAUCAUUUGAAGAUCAACAAAAAAUUAACAAAUUUGCACGGUUGAAUGCUAAAGCAGACGAUAUUAAGGAUGAAUUGAAUAUCAAACAAAAUGAUAUCAAAAACUUGGAGGAAGCUGUAGAGGAACUAGCUCUUGCAGAUGAUUCAGAGAAAAUUCCCUUCUUAGUUGGUGAAGUUUUCAUUUGUCAAAGUCUAGAAGACACAUUGAAAUCAUUAGAAGACAUGAAAGUUAAAAAACAAAAUGAGAUUUGUGAGUUAGAAUCAAAAUGUGAAGAGCUGAAAUCGCAAAUGAGUGAGCUCAAAGCACAUUUGUAUGGUAAAUUUGGAAGUCACAUUAAUCUGGAAAAAGAAGAAGAUUGAUAUUAUUCUCCGAAGUGCUUUAAAUGUUUUUCUAAUUUUUAACAAUUUCAAGUAUUUAUAACUCUCAUUUAAUUUCCCUUAAGCUAUGCUUAGUAUGUAAUGUAUAAAUAAAUAACUUUAACACAUGAUAAUAAUUUAUUAUUACUUCAUUAAAAUAUACAAGAUUUUGUGCAAUUUCAAAAUUAUGAUUACACCCAUCAACAAAUUAGAUGCAAUAAAAGCUAUAAUAAGCUAUGAAUAACACAUUGUGUUUUUAAUACAUAUUGAUUUCA